UCAAGUAUUUAUUCAAUUGAUAAGAAUAAUAAUACCAAAAUUAACUCAAAAAUGGAAAAGUGUUUAGCAAAUUCACCACCCUCAAAUUCAAUGUCCGCCUCUUCUUCCUCUUCUGAUAAUUUUAGCAAAUUACCUAAAGGGUGGGAAAUGCGAGUAGAUGGACAAGGAAGAAUUUUCUAUAUUGAGUUUAUUGUUAUAUUUUUUUAUUAAAAUCUUUUUCAAAAUUAUAGCCACAUUCAUCAAAAGACAGCUUGGACAC